GCAAGCGUGGCCAGGAAACCGUUGUCCGCUCCGCCGCGAACCCGGAACUAAACGGAGAUUCCCCGGGCACAUCACUUCCGCAAGACGCGGGGCGGGGGAGCUGCCCGGCACCGGAGGCAGGAGUCACUGCUGGGGUCACUGGGGAGUGUGGUCUUUAAGGCGGAGGCAUUAGCAAAGGAGUCACGGAAAGGAGAGACGUUUCAUCCAGGGUCCUCUGUAAAAGACGGGGCGGGGCGGAAAUUUAGGCGCCACAGUGGCCAUUCUCCCAUGGGCAUGUUACCGGAGAAACAGCUCCCUCAGAGGCCUCUGGGCGCGCCGAGCAUCCAGGGAGGUGUAGUCCCGGCGCUUGUCCGAGGUUUCUGGGUACUGUAGUCCAGGCGUCCUGGCCCAGCUGAUGGCAGUAGUGACCCCUUGUUCCUCGCGGGUCCAUUCCUGAUGCCUUUAAGGAAGAGGAAGUCUAAGGGCGUGAGUUUCCAGUGACUCUCCUGAACCUUACUGCUCUUGUGCUGCCCAGAGAGGAAGCCUGGUGGGCGAGGAGAGGGCUCCUGACAGCCCGGACUCACGUGGGGACUGCUCGCCUUCCGUGUGCUGAACCAAAGGCACACAUGGCAUUCAGAGAUGUGGCUGUGGAUUUCACCCAGGAUGAGUGGGUGCUGCUGAGCCCUGCUCAGAGGUCCCUGUACCGGGAGGUGAUGCUGGAGAACUACAGCAACCUGGUCUCACUGGGCAUUCCGUUUUCUAAACCAAAACUCAUCACCCAGCUGGAGCAAGGGAAGGAGACCUGGAGAGAAGAGAGGAAAUGCUCGCCCGUCAGCUGCCUGG